GGGUGGGGAGGAGGCGUCGUUGCGCUCCUUCCGGGCGGUGGCUGUGGGUCGACUCUCCCAGGCUUCCUGGGAGUCGUUGGCGCUUGGCACUAUGGGGCAGAGGGCGGGGGAGUGCCCGACGGGGACCUGGACGUAACCCGUCUUGGGGUUACGGAGGCCGGCUCCUGCUCUCUGCGGGUUGAGGCCUCUGGCUGCGGGGAGAACCGGCUGAGGCAGGCGGGGAGGCCGAAGCAGGGCCGUGCUGGAGGCCCAGCGCUGCGGCCCGACCCGGCCCGGCGAUGCUGCCCAGCGCGGACCACGGCUCUUGAAUUAAAAUUUCCAAAUUCUCUCAGUAACGGUGGAAGGAAAUUUAAAUACGAAAUCAAAUUCUGUGAAAAUGACUCUUCAGGAAAUGGUGCUUCAAGCUGCUGCUCUUUAUUCUGACCGAAUAGCUGUAUGUUUUGAUGGAUGUAAUGAUGAACUUCCAGUUUAUUAUACCUACAAAUCUGUGGUUAAUUUUGCCUCAGAAUUGUCUAGCUUUCUGCAACUACACUGCAAUUUUGAAGGGAUUAAUGAAAUUGGUCUUUACUGCUAUCCUGGAAUAAAUUUACCAUCUUGGAUUUUGGGAAUUCUGCAAGUCCCUGCUGCUUAUUCUCCUGUUGAUCCAGAUGUACCACCAGAAUUAUCAGCCUAUUUUAUGAAAAAAUGUAACCUCAAGUAUAUCCUUGUUGAAAAAAACCAAGUUGAUAAAUUCAAAUCUUCCUUUGAAACUUGGUUAAAUAACGAUACCAUUACAGUAGACCAUACUGGUUUAAUACUUUUUGAACUUCACUGGAAUGAUAUUGAUGUGAACUUGAUUGUACCUGAUAAAAAAGAGAACUAUGGAAAGGAAAAAAUUAAUAAUUGCAUCAGUUAUUUGAAUAGCAAUGACGAAAAAGCAAAGAAGUGCCUGGAUGUCAGAUUUCAGCAUUGCUUAGCUUACGUUCUACACACCUCAGGAACUACAGGAGUCCCUAAGAUUGUCAGAGUGCCUCAUUCAUGUAUAGUACCAAAUAUUCAACAUUUUCGGACACUUUUUGAAAUCACACAAGACGAUAUUCUUUUCUUGGCCUCCCCUUUGACAUUUGAUCCAUCUGUUGUGGAGAUAUUUCUUGCCUUGACAAAUGGAGCAUCUCUGCUUAUAGUUCCUAAUGCUAUUAAAAUGCAGUCAUCGAAAUUGGCUACUGUUCUGUUUCACCAUCACCAUGUGACAGUUCUCCAGGCUACACCAACACUGCUUAGAAGAUUUGGAUCUCAGCUCAUCAAAUCAUCUAUUUUAUCAGCUACAACUUCACUUCGUGUAUUAGCCCUUGGUGGUGAAGCAUUCCCAUCAUUGAGUGUCCUCAGAAGCUGGAGGGAAGAAGGCAAUAAAACUAAAAUAUUUAAUAUCUAUGGUAUCACAGAGGUAUCCUCCUGGGCAACAUGUUACAGGAUUCCAGAAGAGGAUCUUAGCUCCACUCUGGGAGUUGAGUCCCCUGUGCAUUUGGGAUUUCCACUGCUUGGAACAGUAGUCGAAGUCAGAGACAGAAAUGGUUUGACAGUUCAAGAAGGCGAAGGCCAAGUUUUUUUAGGUGGUGAGAAGCGGGUAUGUUUUCUUGAUGAUGAAAUAACUCUACCUUUUGGCAUGAUGAGAGCGACUGGUGAUUUUGUUACCGUGAAAGGUGAAGCAAUGUUUUUCUUGGGACGGCAAGACAGUCAAAUUAAACGUCACGGCAAGCGUAUUAAUAUUGAAUGCAUACAGCAGGUUGCUGAACAAAUUUGUCAAGUAGAAUCCUGUGCAGUUAUAUGGUAUCAUCAAGAAAGAUUAAUUCUGUUUGUGGUGACCAAAGAUGGUUUAGUGAAGGAUGGUAUUUUAGGAGAACUUCAAAAACAUCUUCCAAGUUACGCAGUCCCAGAUGACAUUGUGGUUAUUGAAGCCUUACCAUUUACAUCUCAUGGCAAAAUCAAUAUGUCUGAGUUAACCAGAAUUUACUUUAAUUACAUAAAUUUGAAGUCUAACAGUAACCUCAAAGGAAAAGAGGAGCUAUGGGAAAGAUUGCAGUACCUAUGGAAGUCCUCACUGAGACUUCUGGAAGAUCCUUUGGAAGUUUCUAAAGAUUCACUAUUCCUUAGUAAUGGUGGUGAUUCCUUAAAGUCCCUUUGGUUCAAUAAUGAGAUUGAGAAUCUGGUAGGUAGAUCGAUACCUGGACUUCUAGAAGUUAUUCUCAGUUGCUCCAUCUUAGACAUAUACAAUCACAUUCUCCAAGCAGUGUUUCCAGAUGAAGACAUACCAUUCAAUAGGAGUUAUGGCACAAAAAGAAAAUUCAGUGUCAUGGAUAAAGGAGAAAUAAGUGGCAAAAAUGUAGAUCAGAAGUCUGGAAAGCCUGCGAAUUCUGGCAAAGAGCAGAAUGCUUUUAUUGCAUUGAGCAGAGGAAAUCAGAUUUUGUUUGUGAAUGUCUCUGAGUCUUUAAAGAAUUCCCUAAGUAUGAGACAGACGGGAACCAAGUUAGGAAAAUAUCCUUCAACAUCUUCGGAUUUAAUUUCAUCUGAAGAGUCCAGUUUUGUUCAAAAUGUGACAAGCAAAAACCCUUCAGCAGUUAUCGAGAAGAUGGAUGAUACAGAAGAGAUCAGCCCUGUGUCAAAAAUUUUGGAAGAUGAAACUUUUGUGAGAACGUCUGAGAAAAUAAAGUUAUGUGUCAGGUGGAAGUCCAGUACUGGCAAAUGUGUGGAUGCUUCACCUCUCAUUGCAAUACUACUUCUCAGUCAGUCAUCUGCAACUGUCUACAUUGGAUCCCAUUCUCACAGGAUACAAGCAAUUGAUCUCUGUUCUGGAAAAGUGAAAUGGGAACAGAUCUUAGGAGAUCGCAUUGAAUCCUCAGCUUGUCUCUCUCAUUGUGGGAAUUUCAUUAUAGUGGGCUGCUAUAAUGGUUUAAUUUAUGUGCUCAGAAACAGUAAUGGAAAAAUACAUUGGAUGUUUGCUACCAAGGAUACCGUUAAAAGCUCUGCAACCAUGGAUCCAUCUACGGGCCUCAUAUAUGUGGGAUCUCAUGACCAUCAUGCAUACGCUUUGGAUAUUUAUAAGGAAACCUGUGUUUGGAAGUCACAUUGUGAAGGAAUUGUCUUUUCUUCACCAUGUCUAAGCCUGGCACCCCAUCAUUUAUAUAUUGCUACACUGAAAGGAGUUCUAUUGGCCUUAAAUCCUGUUACUGGAAAUAGAGUCUGGACCCAUUCCUGUGGAAAACCUCUUUUUUCUUCCCCACAAUGCAGCUUGCAGUAUGUUUUGGUUGGUUGUGUGGAUGGGAAUUUAUACUGCUUUAACCACAUUGGACAACUGGUUUGGCAGGUCUCUACUAAUGGACCAAUCUUUUCAUCCCCAUGCAUCUCUGAUUCAAUGAAGCAAGAAAUCUUUUUUGGCUCCCAUGAUUGCUUUAUCUACUGUUAUAACAUGGAAGGACAUUUCCAGUGGAAAUUUGAGGCUACUGCAAGUAUAUAUGGAACACCAUUUACUUUCCACAAUCAUAAUCUAAGUAAUGAAAUGCUGCUAGCAGCAGCAUCUACUGAUGGAAAACUAUGGAUCUUGGGUGCUGAAAGAGGACAGUUACAAACAGUACAUAAGCUUCCUGGAGAAGUUUUCUCAUCUCCUGUGGUCUGGCAAUCAAUGCUCGUUGUUGGGUGCAGAGAUGAUUAUGUUUAUUGUCUAGAUUUGUUGAACGUUAUUGAAAAAUAGCCAUCAGAAAUAACUAGCCUGCAGUCGUUCUUCAGUGUUUUUAUUAGUACCAAAUGGAUAGAAACUGUUUUACAGGUAAAGAUAUUUUGGUUAAUAAAUGAUUCAUCAGGGAAUGACCAUUUUGAACAUCCUCUGUUUGACAGGCCAUAAUUAUUGCAGAAGCUGUUGAAAGAGCUGGUUUUACAUGUCAUACUCACUAAUAGUUCUAUUUCCCACUGUGUAUGAUAGUCUAUACAUGCUGUAGCCAGAAUGGACUUUGUUUUCUUUGAAUGACUCAGCUUGCCUCGUUGAGCUUCCCUGGACGCUGGGGCUUGCUCUUCUGGGGCAGGACCAGAGCUUCCUGUGUGAUGAGUCGUGGGGCUGGCUGAGGGGAAGUGUGUUAACGUGGUCUACGCUAGGGGGAAGGGCCAAGUCAAGAACCAAUCGGCCCUGGUCGUUCAGGCAGCGCUUGAUGAUGUCAAAAACUCUAUAAGAGGGGAGAGGACAGCUUGAAGAUCCUCCUUUCCUUUUCCGGUUGGAGCCAGAGACACCUACAGCCGAAGCUGAGCUGCCAGUAGCGGAGCUGACUAGAGGCUAGUGGGUAAUCUUCUUACCGUAGAGGGGAAGCAUGUAUACGAUUUUGCCUUAUACCAUCUCGCUUCUCUGUGGCCUCCUGGUUACCCUUAUAAGGCGGACUUAUUGGGCCUGGAAGCUUUUGAUGAAAAUAUCAAAAUGGGGAUGCUGGUUUGUGGGCUUGUUAUUGUGGAGUGUAAAUACAUGCUUUAGUUCUCCUGCCUUCUGCCUAGAGAAUUCCUUAUAUCCUGCGGUUCUGGACCUUUUAGGCACAUAUGAGAUUCUCUUUGAAAUCAUAAAUUCUGCCUUCCUAAUAUACAUGCCAUCAGAUGUUUCAGUUAAAAAGAUCUUGGGCCUGGAAAUGGAGAAUCGAGUGGCUUGUACAAAGUCACAAAGAUUAGGAUGGAAAGUAGAAAGGGAAUUAGAAUCUUUGAUUCCCAGUCUAGGCUAUUUUCCUGUUUAUUAAAGUUGUUUGUCUUUUUGCCCCUAUUAUCUUGUACACAGUAAGUGUUUUUAAAAAAUUCUUGUUGAAUUGGAUAAUAUGGCAACAUUUGAUGAGUACAAUCUCUUUGCUUGCUGUUGUGCUGUUUGUUUAUUCUUUCUCAGUGAGAUUUAUAGCAUACAGGUUUUUACCGUCAGGGAUGUGUGAUCUUUUUAUAAGUGAACAAGGUUCCUAUAUUAGGAAGUAAAAUUACUGGAUGAUUUCGGUUAGCCUAUUACUAACAUCUCCUUCCAGAGGACUAUGUUAAUUUAUUCUUUUGUGGGCUUUAACUCUUAAUUUAACUUAAGUGUUUUCUCAUAUAUAUCUUUUAUGUUAACCAUGAGAAAAGUUUAAUUACUUUAAAAAGUUGCUGUUACUUUUCCUGAAAUCUCGCAGCAUAUGAUUCAAAGUAAUUUCCUAAUAAAAUACCAUGAAAGUAA